AAUCUACUUGAUGCACUUCAGCUGGAUCCUGAUGAAACAAAAAAAGUACUUGCAGAAAAUAAUAGAAAAAUAACUGUUUUAAGAGUUAAUGAAAAAUCACUAACAAGACAGUGUACCACUUUGCUUGAAAUGGAACGGCAUCUUAGAAAAGAAAAUGAGAAACUAAAGGGUGAAAUAACACAUAUGGAGACUGCAGUUAUAGGGAAGAUUGGAAACUUGCAACGAUUCAAGGAAAUGGCUAGCUUUAAGAUUGCCGCUCUGCAAAAAGUGCUGGAUGGUAGUGUGCCAUUGUCUGAGCUAGAAGUGGCUAAUAAGCAGUACAAUGCAUUAACUGCUAAAUACAGAGAUAUGUUACAAAAAGAUAAUUUGCUUGUCCAGCGGACAACAAACAUGGAACACUUGGAGCAUGAGAAUGAAUCCUUGAAAGCACAGAUAAAUUCACUGAAUAAAGAAUUGGAGAUCACGAAAGAGAAACUUCAUACUGUGGAACAGGCUUGGGAACAGAUGACUAAACUGGGGGAUGACAGUGCCAUGGACAAGGCCACAAAAGCAAUAACCAACAGUGAGAUUUUGUCCAUUUCUAAGAAAAUCACAAUGUUGGAAAUGAAGGAACUAAAUGAAAGACAGAGAGCAGAACAUUCACAACGAAUGUAUGAACAUUUGAGGAAUACUGUAAAGCAAGUAGAAGAACGUAAUUUUGAAUUGGAAACAAAAUUUGCUGAGCUCACCAAAAUCAAUCUUGAGGCACAGAAAGUGGAACAGGAAUUAAGAGAUGAACUAUCAAAAAGUGUAAGUAAGGCAGUAAGUGAUGCAGAUCGACGACAAAUCAUGGACCUAGAGAAGCGUGAGAUGGAGCUCAAGAUUGAAGUGUCAAAGUUAAGAGAACUGUCUGACGUAGCGAAAACACAAGUUGAAGCUCUGGAGGCACGCCAGCAAUACAGAGAUAAAGAAGUGGAAUCUCUUAGAAUGCAAAUUUUAGAUUAUCAGGCACAGUCAGAUGAAAAAGCACUUAUUGCAAAACUGCAUCAAGAUAUCAUAGCCCUUCAAGGUAGUGAAUCUGUUGCUGUAGGCAAAUUGGAAACACUUAAAUUGAAACUACAGAAGAUGGAGAUCCAUAAUCUACGUUUAGAGCAGAAGCUUGAUGAGAGAGAUCAAGCCUUAUAUUUUGCCCGACUCGAAGGAAGAAAUAGAGCCAAACAUCUGCAACAGACAGUUCAGUCUUUGCGGCGACAGUUUAGUGGUGCUCUGCCUUUAGCACAGCAAGAAAAAUUCUCUAAAACAAUGAUUCAGCUACAGAAUGACAAACUGAAGAUCCUGGAAGAAGUUCAACAUGCCCAGCAGGAGCGUCGAAAUGCAGAAAACAGAACAUUAGAGCUGGAGUUAAAACUGAAAAGUUUAGAAGAAUUAGUAAGUGCAUUGAAGGAUACAAGAGGAGCUCAAAAGGUAAUUGAAUGGCAUAUGAAGAUGGAGGAACUCCAUCUGCAGGAACUUAAACUCAAUCGCGAAUUAGUCAAGCAAAAAGAAGAGGUGAAGUAUUUGUGUAAUAUCAUUUCUGAAUACGAAUGUACAAUAAAUAAUCUGGAAGAGGAAAUUGUGCAGCAGAACAAGUUUCAUGAGGAAAGGCAAAUGGCUUGGGACCAGAGGGAAGUAGAACUGCAGCGCCAAUUAGACCUGUAUGAUCAUCAACAAAACGAAAUACUUAGCACGGCUUUAAAGAUAGAAGAUGCUACAGGCUCAGUUCCAGACCCUGGUUUGCCAAUCGCACAACAACUUGAGUUGGCUUUAAGAAAGAUUCAGGAGCAUAUUCGAACAAUACUGGAAACUAGGGCAACCUGCAGGUCACUGGAGGAGAAAUUAAAAGAAAAGGAAACCGCUCUGUGGAAAGCUGAACAAAAUGUUUUAUCAAGAGACAAAGUUAUAAAUGAACUAAGACUUCGAUUGCCUGCAUCAUCAGGAGAGAAAAUAAUGGCUGAAUUAGGCAAAGGAGAAGAUGAUCCAGAGUACCAUCAUGCCAUUAAAAUUGCUCAUCAAACCAUUGCAAAUAUGCAAGCAAGAUUAAAUCAAAAGGAGGAAGUGUUAAAAAGAUACCAACAUAUGCUUGCUAAAGCAAGAGAGGAACAAGAGGAAAUAGUAAAGAAGCAUGAGGAAGACCUAAGAGUUCUACACCAGAAGUUAGAUUUGCAUGCUGACAACUCCCUUAAUAAAUUCAAAGAGACUGCUUUGGAAUUAGGGAAAAAGACUUCUUUAUCACUUUCCAGCAGCAAGUAUUUUCACCGCUUGGAGCAAACUGUAGCCGAACAGGAUAAUUCUCUUGCUUCACUUGUUGGAAAAUUAAAGAAAACAUCUUCUGAUUUGGAGAAACAAAAACAAAUUACUAUAACAAAAAUCAAUGAGUUUGAGACUAUCAGAGCCCGGCUUCAGGAAAAGCACACAGUUGAUGUGGAACAAAUAAAACAUGAAGCAAAUGAGUUGAGGAAUAUAUUAUCUCAGAAGGAGAAGGAAUUAGCAAAUGUAAAAGCUGAACUAGAGGUCCAAAAAGAAGCAAAUACCAGAGCACCCACAGCAACAAUGAAAAACCUGGUGGAACAGCUGAAGAGCCAGUUAGCCAUAAAAGAGAACCAGCACAAAGCUUUGAGUAAAGCACUUCUGGAACUCCGAGCAGAAAUGACUGCUAAUGCUGAACAGCAAAUUAUUUCUGCUGCAUCACAAAAAGAGGCAUAUAUGAAUGUCCAGGAGAUUGUUGACAGACAAACAAAGGGGCUUACGACACAGAUAGAGGAAUUGAAUAACCAGAUUACAAAGCUUACAGACAACCUUAAAAUAAGUAAAACCAAGGAAACUUCUUUGUCUGAUGAAAGGGAUGAGUUGAACCAAGAACUUCAGAGGAAACAAAAAGCAUUUGCUAAAAUAUCGAGGGAAAAAAAUGAAAUGGAAAAAGAAAAUGAAGAACUGAAGAACCGUAUUAGGAGACUGAGCAGUAGCAUUCAGAGCAAAGUUGAUGAACAAAAUCUGAUAGAUGUGCUUCAGAAAAAAAUUAAAAAGUUGGAGAGUGAUCUUGAGACAAAGUGUGAAGAAACAGAAAAAAAAGGUGUAAGAGAAGACAAGACCCCCAAGGAGGAAAUAAUUAGAUGGGAAGAAGGUAAAAAAUGGCAAAUCAAAAUGGAAGGGCUGCGAAACAAACUAAGGGAAAAGGAAAAAGAGGCAGAUGCUUUAUCCAAACAGUUGAAUACGUUGAAGGAAAUUCAUACAAAGAUUGAAAAAGAGAAAAUUGCUCUGCAGAAGAAACUGAAAACUACUGGUGUCACUGUUGACCGUGUUAUUGGAGUAAGAGCCUCAGAAACUGAAAAAGAAGUGGAAGAACUAAGAAAACGGAAUCUAGAGCUAGAAAAUGAAGUUGCACACUUGAGAACACUGCAAGCAAUCCCACGAGAUUCUGUUGUAGAAGAUUUACAUUUCAAAAACCUAUACCUCCAGGAAAAGCUUCAUGCUUUGCAGAGACAAUGCUCGAGAGAGACAUUUUCAAGACCCUCAAGUACAUGUGACCAAACUGAGCUGACCAAGUCUGUUCCUAUCACUGUCAGUAAACAACAAAAGUAUCUGAAUUUCCUUCAAAAGAAAUCUAUUUCAAAUAGGGAUGAAAUGAAACAUCAAGCUAAUAAUAGUAUUACUGAUGGCAAUGAAAUAGAUGAGGAAGCACACACACAAACCUGUAUCAUGCAUAAUGAAGGCCAGGAGGCUACUGCACAUGCAAGCACAGAAGUGUCUCCUGAACAGCAGCCUGAAGAUAGUGAGAAAUGGAAGGACACAGAUAUUUCUACAGAAGUAUUGGAAAACAAAAAUAUAGCUGAAUAUGAUAAAGAGAACUGCAGUGAAAAAGAAGAAAAUACAACCCAGCCUGAAAGAGCUAAAAAUAAUGAGGAAUGUGAAGAAGAGGAGAGCAAGCAAGAAAUCUUCAAACAGUCGAAUGUGGGUGAAGAAGAAGGUGUAGAAGAGCCUGAUACUGACAGAAUGAUCUGCAAUCAGUCUGACUCAGGGAAACUUUCUACUCAAGCUAAUGACUAUGAAGCAGACAAAAUAAAUGGGAAUAAUGAAAUGAAUCAACACACUGCAGAGAAUAAACAGGAAAAUUACCAAAGCUGUACAGAAAAGGUUGAAACAACCUCAGAAUUUUGUGAAAUGCCCGAGACAUCAGGAAUAGGGUCAAGUGAUCAGUAUCGAAGAGAACAAGAAGUUUUAAAGGAAAAUCUAAGAUUGUCAUCUGAAAAUGUUGAGCUAAGAUUCCAGCUAGAGCAGGCCAAUAAAGAUUUGCCAAGACUAAAGGACCAAGUAGGUGACUUAAAAGAAAUGUGUGAACUUCUUAAAAAAGAGAAAGCAGAUAUUGAACGAAAGCUGGGCAGCGUUAGAGGGGCUGGCAGAAGUGGAAAGACAGUCCCAGAACUGGAAAAAACAAUUGGUUUGAUGAAAAAGGUUGUAGAGAGACUGCAAAGAGAAAAUGAAGAACUGAAGAAAGCACCAGCUGUGGUUUCUAAUGAGAAAUUACUUGGUCUUCAACAGGAAAAUGAGGGACUAAAGUCUGAAAUGGAAAAAAUGAAACGUGAUCUGGGUGGCCAGCUGAGUCUGCAUUUUGAAUCUAAAACCAAAGGAAUGGAAAAAGUCAUUGCUGAAAAUGAGAGACUGCGUAAAGAACUAAAAAAGGAAGCUGACAGUGGAGAGAAGCUACGAAUAGCGAAGAAUAACUUGGAGACAAUAAAUGAGAAGUUAACUGUACAGCUGGAGGAAACCAUUAAGAAGCUAAAUUUGGCUGAGAGCCAACUUGAUGGAGCUGACAGCAAAAGCUGGAAGUCCAUUGUAACAAGGAUGCAUGAAACUAAGUUGAAGGAAAUGGAAAUAGAUAUUGCUAAAAAAAACCAAAGCAUUGCUGACCUUAAACGGCUACUUCAGGAAGCAAGAGAACGUGAACACAAUGCUGAUAAAAAUUUACAAGAUCUAAAAGGACAAAUUAAGCUUCUCCAAUACCUUCCUGAAGGUGCAAGGACAGAGCAAAGUCUCAUCAGGGAGCUUCAGCUUUUAAGAGUAACUAAUAAUCGAUUAGAGGAAGAAAAAGCAGAACUAGUGCACCAGAUGGAGGAUUAUAAGCACCACAGACACACCUAUACAAGUGAAGAUCCGGCAGUUGGACAUAAUGAAAUUGUGGAGAAGGAUAAAAUAGCUGACCUCCAGGCACAGCUGAAAGCCCUAGAGCUGGAAAAACAGCAAUUAAAGGAAGAGACAAAAAACCUGAGAAGAGAAUUAGAAAACUAUGACCCUUCCUUUUUUGAAGAACUUGAGGAUCUGAAAUAUAACUACAAUGAAGAAGUAAAAAAAAAUAUACUCUUAGAAGAGAAGUUGAAGCAGCUUUCUGAAGAGUUUGGCAUUCAAGUGCGUAGUCCAGGCAACACUGCUGUUGAUUAGGCUAGUGUUUAGUAUUCUCAACAUUGAUACAAAAAGUAAAUUCUAUGGCAGUUACAUAAUGCUCAUUUGUAUGUGAUUAUCUUGGAAUAAUACAAGUAUCUUAGUUACAUUAGUUUGCACACGCCUAAGAAUGCAGAAUUGAAUUAGUCAACAGCUCAUGGUCAGUAUUUAUAUAUACCAGUCAAAGUAAAAGUGAGUUUUACCUCUCCCAGCUCUUUUGCAGUAUCACAUUUUAUUUCAGAACAGUUAAAUUGGGUAAUACACAGGUUUCAGGUAAAGCUGAAACCUUGGGCUUAUCCUAGAAGUUGAGAAACUCUUAAAAUGUCAGCAUAUUUAGCUAAAUGUGCUAAAUUCCAGAUUAAUAGAAAUAGAUAAUUUGCACUUGCUGUCUCAUCUGACCAUACUAUUUAACUCUAAACUCAGGGUCAGUAUGUGGGAUGUCUGUUUUUACAUCCCUGGUUAUUUUUACCUCAAUUUAAAAAAAAAAAAAAAACAAGAACACAGAACUGAAAAUUAAACUAUGGUAUUUCAGCCAAACCAAUGGUAUUUUUGUAUAUAAUUGAUUUUUCAUUUUGUAUACUUUAUAUAGCUGGAUGUAUACUUUUAUAGCAGACACAAAAUAAAGCCAACUCAAAAAAUCA